CAAGGAAAAGGGUGUGUCUUGUAGCUAGCUGCAAAAGGAUCUCAAUCUCAUGUUCUCUUACUUGUGUAUCUACUCCUAGCUGUGAUGAGAAUAAAGAUGCUGUAGUCUCUGGAAUAUUAUCAAUCUUCUGCAAACAACUAUCGAUACGCUUCCUCAACCUGUGUGUAUGUGUGUGAGGGAUCUGGGCAACAUGGAAUGAUAGAUCCUUGGCUGAUUGGAUGAUCCAACAGGUGACACUGGACGGUACGAGACGAGAACACGGAACUGGACAAGGGGGUGUGCCAAUGGGGGUGUGGCAAUGUGAGUGUGCUGCUCUAAACUAUAACAUUUGUGGACUCUGUCAAGAGCUGCUUUAAGGAAAAGAUGUAGCUCUAUGGAAUGUGAGUCCCUCCCAGAGUUCAUAGUCCACCACACAAUGGAAGAGCUGUGUAUGCCUUGUUGACUGGUGCUCCCCCGAGACUCCGCCCCUUCCCCUGCCCAGUCCAUCCCUCGGAGGAGACCAGCUGGUGUACAACAAGCACUGGAGCAGGUGCUUUGGUAUCGUCCCUGCCUGCACAAGAUGCUCUCUGCUACUCUUGUCUGGUGUUUUCCGAGUUCAACUCCUCACAACUUGUUACAUCAGUCGGUGAACUCUGUCCAUAAAAGAACACCAAAUAGCUAGACACACUUAUUUUACCUUGUGUGUUGUAUUUUCCAGGUGUCAAAAUAAUUGUAACCCACCAUUAAUUUGCCAAUGACAGGCUAUGCGCAUGCGCAAUGUGCACAGUAGUCAAAGAAAGAGGGCGUGUCUCGUAAAGUUGCUCUGGUGUUGUUCUCCGCUAACCAACCUCACUGCACUAGCACUGUGUAUUAUCAUGCUGUGAUCAGAAUGCUGUAGCCUCUGGGAUAUUAUCACACUAUACAGAAAAGAUGUCUGACUAUCUCACAAUAGAAGAUCUUAAGAAAGUGUACUUAGUCACGUUCGAUGCUCGAGUGAAGUGGCGAAACUUCUUGCUUGUUCUUGACGUAUCCUCGGAUACUAUCGACAGCAUAGGUACGAAAUGGCGAGAUGAUCCUGAUGACUGCUAUCGUGAGGGUUUGAAAGAAUGGCUGAAAAAUGGGGAGAGCCGCUGGGAAGAUGUUGUCAAAGCAUUGUCUAGUCCUAUUGUGGGCUUCAGUUACAUAGCCAGGACCAUCGAGAAAGAUCAUGUACAGUCUACUGAUGUGAAGUCAGAGGUUGACCAAAAUCACCAGAAGAUCAAUGAUGAUUUGACCAUUUUCCUGGACGAGCCACUCGGUAGUGGUGCAUUUGGAGCAGUCUUCAAAGGCAGCUACAGAGGCGAUCCUUGUGCUAUCAAACUAUUGCAUCAGGUUGUUAUGGAGAUGCAGACAAAUAUUCCCGCCACCAAAAGUGAAGAUGCUAGCGAUGCCAUUGAUCGUGAGAGUGAUUUUCUCAAGUCGUUUCAGCACCCAAACGUUGUUCAGUUUUUAUUGACUGCUAAGCACCCCAAAUCAGGUGGUACAAUCCUCGUUGUUGAGCUGAUGGAUUGCAAUCUGAGAUCCUAUUUCUCCGGCCUUGAUGAAGAGUCCCUCUCUAGCAAAUGUGAAAUUAGCCUCUCCAAAGACAUGGCUUGUGGUCUGGCCUACAUUCACAGCAAGCUGAUUAUCCACCGUGACCUCUGUGGUGAUAACGUCUUGCUGAAGCUGACACUGCCAGUGCCUGUUGCAAAGAUUUCCGACUUUGGUAUGUCGCGACUAUACGAUCCCUCCAAGCUCAGCUCCACCCUCACAGCCAUUGGUCACCGUAGAGGGUAUCUACCUCCCGAGGCAUAUCGAUUAGAAGAGGAGAAUUACGAUAAUAGCCUGGAUGUGUUUUCCUUUGGGGUGAUUUUGACACAAAUUGUUUGCAAGUUGGAGACGAUCAAAUCAGCCAAGGAUCGAUCAUUCCAUGUUGCCCAGAUCCCUCACACACACAGGUUGAGGAAGCUUAUCGACAGCUGUUUGCAAGAAGACAUGACGAGGAGACCAUCUGCCAGGGACAUCUAUGUUUCACUGACAAGAGACUCGGACUCAGUGGAGGCAACAAAGAGGGACACUCUACCAGUCGAGAAGGAAAACAGGGAACAGAUUAAGCACAAAGAUGCUGAGCUGGUCAGGAGAGACGCCAUCAUUCAACAGCAGAGAUUGGGUCCCCCUCCCAGAGAGUUGAGACCUCCACUCACUCUGAAAUGGAGAAGAGCAAAAGACAUGUCAAUCAAGAUGAGCUACACAGUACAAAGUGUUGUUAUCGGUGACACGGUGUAUGUUGGUGGAGGUGAAGCAAACAAUGAUCGUGACAGGUGUACAGUGAUGAAGCUCGAGCAAGAUCUUGAAUGGACCAAACUACCAGAGUACACUUUUAAGUACUUUGCUAUGACAUCACUCGCUAAUCGACUAGUGCUGGUGGGUGGACGUGAUCCAAUAAACAACAAACCAACCAAUCAACUUUCUAUCUUUGAGUCAAAGGAAUGGACUCACCCGUACCCACCAAUGAACAUUGCUUGUGAUUCCUCAACGGCUGUCUCCUUCAACAACCACAUCAUUGUAGCUGGUGGGUUUGAUGAUAAAAGACGUACCUCCUCUGUGGAAGUGUUGGACGUGGCAUCAAGAAGAUGGUACAUUGCUCAGUCACUACCUAACAAACGAUCAGAACUGAAAUCAACUCUCAUAGGAAACACCCUCUACCUAAUGGGAGGGUGGGAUCACACUGGGGGGGCAACCAAUACAGUGCACCACGUCGACCUUAAUCAACUCAUUUCAAAGGCCCUUUCCAACCUGGACACACCCACUCUCUGGCAGACCUUACGGGAAGUACCACUCAAGUUGUCAGCUCCUCUCAGUAUUGGGAGGUCACUAUUAGCCGUUGGUGGACUGGACGACAGAGACAACUUAAGGUCAUCGAUCCACCUCUACCAGCCUGACACCAGGAGGUGGGUGACAGUGGGAGACCUGCCUACUGUACGAUACUACUCCACAUGCUCAGUACUUCCUAGUGGAGAGGUCAUUGUAGCCGGAGGACAGACACAACUAUUUGAUUACACUCAAACUGUGGACUUAUUCUGUAUAAGUGCUUAGCCACUAUUCUCUAAUUGUUUCAUUUCUUUUGGUUUCACUUUAAUUGUCAUGAAUUGCGACAAUUAAUAAUCCUGAUGUUUUUUUUA